AUGGCUCCCGAAAGCCUUGAAAUGCGAGACCGAAUGGAAGGGGAGCUUUUAAAAGAUGAAUCUAUCCAACAGGCCAAAAUCAUAAAUUUGGCAUGGCAGAACGAUGAACCCCAGUGGGUUGUGGCUAUCUCUCUGAUCAGAUUGGAUGGACAAGAGCAAGCAGAAGCCUCCAGUAUCACCAAGAGAGCCCACAAAGCCCUUCGGAAAUUUAAGGAUCAGAACACGGAUGAAAAAUUCACAGUUCCAAAGAAAUGGACUGUUCUUGACGGGCUUCCCACCACCUCUGAGGGGCAGGUGGAUGAGAAGGCCCUUUAUCGCCUAUUGACUGCUUGGGAUAUGAACGAAUCCAGCCUUUCACCGAAAGAAAAGAGGGCACGUAUAGCAGCCCAAGCAGCUCGUGCCGAUACCCAUCGAAUUCCCCGCGAUGAAAUCCCCACAGAAGAGACGGAGCUGGUGUUGCGAGAAUUCUGGGGUAGGGUUCUCAAUUUGGAACCUCAGAAUAUUGGUAUAAGGGACAACUUUUUGGUCCUUGGUGGAGAUUCUAUCAACGCCAUCGAGCUUGUUGCAUUGGCUGAACAAUAUGGAAUCGGAUUAACGGUCACCGCAAUUGUUGGCAACCCUGAACUCCGAAAGAUGGCUACCAUGGCAGUCCUGGAUGAGGCACACAACGAUGAGUAUAAUGCCGAGCCUCUGAGUUUGCUACCACAAAUGGAGGUGGAUUCAAUUAUGAGAGAAGUUCGAACUAAAUGUGGACUGACGGAUGACGAUAUCAUCCAGGAUGCCUUCCCCUGCACAGCGCUUCAGGCGGGUAUCAUGGCAUUAUCGGAGAAGCAACCUGGAUCGUACAUGACGAGGCAGAUUUACGAGCUGCCAAGUCAUGUUGACGCCUCUCGGUUCAAGGCAGCAUGGGAAGAGACGGUAGAUCGCUGCGACAAUCUUCGCACCCGAUUGUUACCCGUCAAUGGCCAAACGAUCCAAGCAGUGAUCAAGGGAGAUACAGCUUGGGAAGACACCGCUAACGAAACGAUUGAUUCGUUCAUAGCGAAAUCCAAAGACAUAACGAUGACUUAUGGAACCCGUUUGUGUCAGUACGGAUUAGUGAAUGAUGUAGAUGGCAAGUCAUACUUUGUCUGGAUUAUCCACCACGUGAUAUUUGAUGGAUUGACUGCGCGCAUCAUCCUUGACAACUUAUACCAGACCUACCAUGGCCAAGGAGCGAGCAUCUUGCAACCGUAUUCGAGCUUCAUCAAGUACGUCACAUCGAUUGAUCAGGAUGCUGCGAGCAGUUUCUGGAAGACGCAGCUGCAAGACGCGCGUCGGGCCAACUUUCCUCGCAACCUGAGCGCAAGAUCCGAAAUGGCUAGUCGUGCAAUGACAAAAGAGAUUUCGUUUCCUUACACGGCUGAAAUGCCUGUCACAAAGGCGACCAUUUUGAGAGCUGCGUGGGCUAUUGUCUUGGCCCGAUAUUGCGAUACGGAUGAUGUUUGCUUUGGAACCACUGUUUCUGGAAGACAAGCCCCUGUCCCUGGUAUCAACCAGAUGCCUGGAUUUGUGAUUGCUACGGUCCCGGUUCGGAUUCGCCUUAACCGUGGCGAGUCUGUUGCUGCAUUCUUGCAAAGUGUCCAGGCACAAGCAUCUGAAAUUGUUCCUUUUGAGCAAUACGGCUUACAGAAUAUCGCAAAACUCAGUGAAGAUGCGAGAGAUGCCUGCGAUUUCAGCAACUUGUUUGUGAUUCAGCCAGCGAAGUCGUUGACCUCUGCGGCGGAUUCUGGAUCCAAGGACGCGAUAUUGUUGCGCGGCAGUGCUGCAGAGAAUAAACUGUCUGACCCAUCCGCGCAGAAUUACUUCAGCUAUCCACUCGUUCUUGAAACUCUCCUUGAUGACAACCGCGUCGACUUACAAAUAACGUAUGACUCCAAUUCAAUCAGCGGCGAUGCGCUCGAGGCGUUGUUUCAUCACUUCGAACAUGUCACUCAGCAGCUUUUUCAAGCAUCGGACCGGCCGCUCAGUACAAUAGAUGUUACUGGAAAAUGGGACUUGGAAUGUGCAAAAAGAUUUAACCCCGAAGUGCCAGAGAUUGUGGACCUUUGCAUCCACCAGAUGUUUGAGAACCAAGCCUUGAGACGGCCAACUGACCUUGCAAUCUGCGCAUGGGAUAAGACCUUUACGUAUAGUGAGCUUAGCAGAGCGUCAAACAGGCUAGCACAUCAUCUUGUGAACAAGCUCUCUAUUCAAAAAGAGGAUUUAGUUCACGUAUGUUUCGAAAAGUCGGCCUGGUUUAUUGUUGCCAUACUAGCGAUCAACAAAGCCGGCGCAGCCUGGGUUCCUUUGGACCCUUCUCAUCCAGAACAACGACUGAAACAAGUCGUCUCACAGACCAGGGCAAAAGUUGCCUUGGCCUCAUCGACAUACUCAGCACUAUGUGCCGGUCUCGUUGACUCUGUUGUCGAAGUGUGUUCGAGCUUAGACGAGAAACUCGUACACUACGAAUGCAGCGCGCGAGGACCAAAAGUUAAUGUAUCACCACGGAACGCUGCAUAUGUAUUAUUUACAUCUGGAAGCACAGGAACCCCCAAGGGUCUGGUAAUGGAACAUGGCUCUGUUUGCACAAGCCAGGUGGCUAUUGCCAAACGACUUGGCAUGACGCCUCGCGUUAGGAUGCUGCAAUUUUCCGCAUAUGUAUUCGAUGUCUCCGUGGGAGAAAUUGUACAGCCACUUAUUAAUGGCGCAUGUUGCUGUGUGCCCUCAGAAGCUUCUCGCAUGAACAAUCUUGCCCAGUUCAUUCGUGAUAAGCGUGUCACCUGGGCCUACUUUACGCCCUCAUUCGCGCGGACAAUCAAUCCCGCAGAGGUUCCGGAUCUUGAGCUUAUGUUGUUUAUAGGAGAGGCUGUUCAACGUGAUGUCUUUGAUAUGUGGGUUGGAAAAACAAGGCUUAUAAACGCCUGGGGACCGGCAGAAACGUGCGUUUUCAGCAGCAUCCAGGAAUGCUACUCAACAGACGAGUCUAAUCUUAAUAUUGGGCGACCAGUUGGCGCCUUUUGCUGGAUUGUUGAUCCUGUGGAUCCUCAGCAACUUGCACCGAUUGGUACUGUUGGUGAAAUCGUCGUCCAAGGCCCAACCGUCUUGCGAGAGUAUCUACGUAACCCGGAGAAGACUAGCGAAGCAAUUGUUACGAUGGUACCUGACUGGGCACCUUAUCGCAAAUCACGAUACUGGAACAGAUUUUAUAAAACGGGAGACUUGGCUUAUUAUAAUCCUGCUGGAACCAUGGAGUUUCUUAGUCGCAAGGACACUCAGGUCAAGAUUCGAGGUCUUCGCGUCGAGCUCGGUGAUAUUGAGCAUCACAUACAAAAUACUUGGAAAAGUGUAUGCCAAACGACCGUGGAUGUCUUCAAGGCAGAGACAGGCUCUCAACUGGUGGCCUAUAUCUGCUUUAAUAAAGAAAGGCGCGCGACCAGUAAAGUCAGUACUGAGAAUGAUAACCUUUUCUUGCCAUUCACCGAAGAAAUGCGAUCACAAGUCACAGCGAUUAUCGGCGAACUCAGCAUUUUACUCCCACCCUAUAUGAUUCCCAAAGUAUUCAUCCCUUGUCGUUUCAUGCCAGUUGUCUCUUCGGCAAAACUGGACAGGAAUAAGUUGCGGGAUACCACGCAGAGAUUGAAUCGACAUGAGUUGGCCCAGUACUCCCUGGCCUCAAAUAACACACGAAAACCUGAGACUGCAGCUGAGAUUCGCAUGCAGAAGCUAUGGGCAGGGGAAUUGAAGAUUGCAGCAGAGUCGAUAGGACGAGAUGACAGCUUCCUUCACCUUGGUGGCGAUUCACUUGUGGCGAUUCAGCUUGUGGCUUCAGCUCGCAAUGUGGGCUUGUCACUCACUGUCAAGGAUGUUUUCGAUGAUCCACGACUAUGGGCAGUAUCGCUGAAGGCUAUUGAGGUUGAUGGAAACAACAGUGCAUUGCCUCAGAUCUCUCCGUUUAAUCUCUUGAAUAGCAUAAUCAACACAACUGAUGUUAUUGAGAGGUUGAGAAAACUAUGUGGACUAUCAAUAGAAUCCACUAUAGAAGAUGCAUUCCCGUGUACCUCACUCCAAGAAGGUCUCAUGGCAUUGUCAACUACUCAACCGGGUUCAUACAUUGCCAAAUAUCUGUAUCGACUACCAGACGAUGUCGAUAUUAUGAUAUUCCAAACUGCAUGGGAAGAAACGGUCUGCAUUUGCUCCAACUUGCGAACGAGAAUCGUCUUGGUUGACGAUAUUUGUGUUCAGGUCGUAGUAAAAGAUGAUGGUGCAUGGGAUCCGGCUGAAGGGAUGAGUCUCGAUACUUACACACGAGGAUCUCAAAAUUUGACAAUGGGAUAUGGGUCACGACUUUGCCACUAUGCAAUCAUUCAAGAGAGCGGAGAUGGCUUCUACUUUGCUCUCAAUGCUCAUCAUUGCGUGUUUGAUGGAUGGAGUUUGCCGCUCAUAUUCGCUACGCUAUCUGCGAAAUAUCACAACAAGACCGCCCCAAAACUCAUGCCGUAUGUCCAUUUUGUCAAAUAUGCAAUGGGAAUAGAUAGAGAGGCUGCAGGAAAUUAUUGGCGCUCUCAGCUUCAGGGCGCCCAGCCUGCUUCAUUCCCCUCUGUUGAGGAGACGCAAUCGCGGAGCAAGGUGACCCGUGUGAGAACUCAUAACAUACAAUUCCCGCAGCUUGUUAACCAGUCGGUCACCAAGGCAUCAAUUCUGCGUGCCGCUUGGGCAAUUGUGCUCUCUAGAUAUAGUGAUACCAAUGACAUCUGCUUCGGCACCAUAGCCUCGGGUCGCAAUGCCAACAUGCAGGGCUUAGAAUCGGUUCCUGGCUUAGUUGUUGCUACUAUACCUGUGCGAGUUAAGCUUGAUCGCCAGCAGUCAAUCAAAUCAUUUCUUCAACACAUUCACAAUCAAGCCAUCGAAAUGAUUCCGUUUGAGCAAUAUGGCCUACGGAGUAUUUCGAAGCUGAGUAAGGAAACUCAGCAGGCGUGCGAUUUCACCAGCCUUUUGGCAGUGCAGCCGGCUUACGCACAUAAUGUUGCUGACUCUCUGCUAGCAUCCGUCAAUUCUGCUGGUGAGCUUUAUGAAAAAAUGUUGCAGAAUUAUCUCAGCUACCCGCUAGCAUUGCAGUGCAAUCUGGGGGAAGACCAAGUGGCAGUAGAAUUCAUCUAUGACGAGAAUGUAGUCUCUGAAUGGAGAAUCCAAGCAUUAUUAAUACACUUUGAAGCUGUUGUUCGACAACUAUGUCAGCAAGAAGAUAGCGAGCUUGGUUCUAUUGCCAUAGCUGGUGCUUGGGAUCUCCAGCAUGCCACUGAAUUGAAUCCUCCAAUAACGAUUAUUGAAAACCGCGUUCCUGACCUGAUAUCCAUGCAAGUCACAGAGAGGCCGAAGCAAGAGGCUAUUUUCUCCACUGAACGAUGUCUAACAUAUGCCGAGCUUAAUCGGCUAUCCAGCCUUCUGGCUUCCCACCUCUUCGAUCUAGGAGUAGGACCAGAGGUCAUUGUUCCGUUUUGCAUGGAAAAGUCUGUUUGGGCAAUUAUUGCUAUGCUUGCUAUCAUGCAAGCGGGCGGAGCAUAUCUUCCACUUGAUCCUUCACAUCCGAUAAAUCGAAGACGCAUGAUCGUCGAAGAAGUUAAUGCUAGUAUAAUAAUAGUAUCGCCUUUAACGUCUUCAGCAUGCGAUAAGCUGGCGAAAAACGUUAUCGUGUUAUCAUCUUCGAUGAUAGAGGGACUCUCUACGUCUUUACAUCAUACUCCCUAUCAAACAGAGAGGUAUUCUCCUAGCAAUGCUGCUUACGUGCUAUUUACUUCGGGCUCAACAGGCAAACCGAAGGGCACAGUUAUCGAGCAUUCUGCUGCUUGUACCAACAUUGUAGAUCUUGCAAAAGCUAUGGGAUGGAGUGAUGCUUCAAGAUGUCUCCAGUUCUCGUCUUAUACAUUUGACCCUAGUGUAACAGAAAUCUUUUCUACUCUUGCGUUUGGUGGCACCGUUUGUGUGCCGUCCGAAAUGGAGCGUCUGCAAAGCGCUGGCGAGUUCAUGCAGAGAGCAAAUGUCAAUACAGCGGUUCUUACACCGUCAUUUGCGCAAAUAAUAACCCCAAAGGAGCUACCUCAGCUUGAAACACUGGUUCUUCUCGGCGAGGCAUCUACCAGAAAUUUGUUGGACACAUGGUGUAAACAUGUUAAGCUCAUCAACGGAUACGGUCCGACAGAGAUCACGGUUUGUUGCACUAUGCACGAAUUCAAAAUAAGUGAUACUCCUACAAAUAUUGGCCGACCGUUUAACAGCGCCUGCUGGAUCGUUGAGCCAGAUGACUAUAAUAAGCUUGCGCCUAUUGGUUGCGUCGGCGAGCUGGUCGUCCAAGGAUAUACUCUGAGCCGUGGCUACAUAAAUGAACCUGAGAAGACGAAGGCAGUGUUUCUUUCAAAAAUAAAGUGUAUUUCAUCCGGGCCUCAGCAGUUUUAUUUAACUGGCGAUUUGGUGAAAUACAAUGCCAAGGGCGAAAUUGAGUAUCUCGGUCGCAAAGACAAACAAGUCAAGAUUCGCGGGCACCGUUUGGAGCUCGGUGAAAUCGAAUCCGGCAUCAAACGAAUUAUGCCAGAGAUUGCUCAAGUGGGUGUUGAGGUUCUGAGACGAGAAACUGGAGAUUUCCUGGUUGCGUUUGUAUCUUUUAAAGAAGGGAAUAAAAACCCUCUGACAGAUAACUUUGUUCCCCUGGAGCAGGCGAUACGCGAGCGAAUCCUGACAUUAGUUGAUCAACUGAAAGAAGAACUGCCAAGUUACAUGAUACCCAAGCUGACCAUACCUCUUCGCGAGUUACCGUUUAAUGCAGCGAUGAAGCUUGAUAGAGAAAAAUUACAGGCUUCAGUGAAGGACUUUACAAUGGAGCAGCUCAUGACGUAUUCAUUGUCAGAGAGAGAGAGAGUUGCUCCAACAACAGAGAUGGAGCUGCAACUGCAAAGCAUGUGGGCGCGUGUGUUAAAGAUUGAAGCUGAAACGAUUGGGAAGAAUGAUCAGUUCUUCCAAAUUGGCGGUGACUCUCUUUCAGCAAUUCGACUCUCUUCUCUGGCAAACCAGCAAGGAAUUAAGCUGUCUGUAGCAACAAUAUUUGCUGAAUCUAAGCUGUCGGCAAUGGCUGCCGCCGUGACUGCGGGAGAUGUCGAGAAAGACCUUCAGUUAGUACCAUUCAGCUUACUUCCUUUUGAAGCAACAGACUCAGUCACAAAUAUUAUCCGAAAAAAGUGCAACUUAUCAGAAAGCCAGAAUAUCCAGGAUAUAUAUCCUUGCACUGCCUUUCAGGAAGGACUUAUGGCCCUAGUUGCAACCCGACCCGGCUCUUACAUUGCGAAGAAUAUCUACAAAAUUCCGGCUUCUAUUGAUGUAAUCGCGUUCAAGGCAGCUUGGGAACGAACAAUCGAGCUGUGUGACAAUCUCCGAACAAGAAUUGUGUCAGUUGAUGGAGCCUUCCUUCAAGUAGUUUUGGAUCGUGAUGUUUCUUGGGAUAGAGCUUCAUCAUCCGACAUUCAGUCUUGUAUAUCGCGUUCAAGACGUAUCAUAAUGGAUUAUGGAUCGCGCCUUUCGCGCUAUAGUGUUUUGGAGGGCGAGGAUGGCGAAGUGUAUUUCUUAUGGACAAUCCAUCACGCUAUUUUUGAUGGAUGGAGUCUUGGUGUAAUCAUCAAAACGCUGACCGCGCUGCUGAGAAAUCACGCACUGCCAAUCCUAUAUCCUGUUCGGAAUUUCAUCAAAUACUCAUUGGAACUGGAUACCAAGGCGGCAAAUAAGUAUUGGCUUAAUCAAUUGCAAGAUGCGAAGCGAGCUUCGUUUCCUUCUUUACCAUCACGACGACAGCCCAGCUUGGACAUGAAGAAGACGAGCGUCUUUGUCAGAAAUAUUGAGCUUCCUGCGACUGAGCGUAGCUCCAUCACGAAAGCUACGAUCAUGAGGACCGCCUGGGCCAUGAUUCUUGCUAAAUACUGUGAAAGCAACGAUGUGUGCUUUGCAACAACGGUAGCUGGGCGCAAUGCCCCAGUAGUCGGGCUGGAAUCAAUGCCAGGAGCGACGAUUGCCACUGUACCCGUGCGUAUCCGCAUUGACAAAAAUGAGAAACUGGCUGGAUUUCUUGAUAGGGUCCAACUUCAAGCCUCUGAAAUGGUCGCAUUCGAGCAGUUUGGUCUCCAUAAUAUUACCAAACUAAGCCCACAGAUCAAGGAAGCGUGCGACUUUUCCAGUUUAAUGGUUGUACAACCUGUGGAAAUCGAGGAAUCCGAUCCAGUUCUUAUAUCCUUGAACGCAGAUGAAAAGCUUGCCCAAGAAACUUUACAAAAUUAUUUUACUUAUCCUCUGAUUCUCCACUGCUUCCUUGGAGAGGGAACAGUGAAACUGGCCUUCAUCUACGAGGCCAGUGUGCUUGCAGAAUCCCAAAUAAGAACCCUCUCGUUUCAAUUUGACAAUGUUACUCAACAGCUGCAUAUGUCUGCUAAUCGAGGUGUUGGAGAUGUUAAUAUUGCAGGGCAUUUCGAUCUAGAUUACGCCAUGACGGCGAAUGGCGAACCUCCUCAAGUUAUUGAAGAGUGCAUUCAUACACUCAUUGAAAGAGCGACUGUUAAUCAUUCGGAUUUGCCCGCCGUAUCUGCCUGGGACGCAAAAUUUACCUACAAGGAGCUUGAUACCAUUACUGAUAGACUUGCGAGUUAUCUCAUCUCCUUCUUUGGCGUCAAAAUAGGAGACAUAGUACAUGUUUGUUUCGAAAAGUCAGCCUGGUAUGUGGUCGCCACACUGGCGAUUAGUAAAGCUGGCGCAACAUGGUCACCCCUUGAUCCCUCUCAUCCACUUGAGAGACAUAAGCAAGUCAUUAGUCAAACUGGAGCGUCACUUGCUUUAACUUCGCCUAGCAACGUUUCAAAAUUAACCGAUCUGGUCACAAAAACUCUUGAAGUCACGGAACAGCUGAACAUUCAAUUGAUCAACGAACGUUGCUAUGAAAACAAACCUCGUGUUAAAGUGACAGCACGGCAUGCGGCCUAUAUACUCUUUACGUCAGGUAGCACUGGCACUCCAAAGGGCGUUAUAAUUGAACACGGUGCUCUGUGUAGCGCUCAAAUCGCUGCCAGUAAAAGGCUUGGCUUUGGUCGAGGCGUGAGAAUGCUGCAGUUUGCCUCAUUUGUAUUUGAUGCAUCGGUCGCAGAAAUUAUUACCCCUCUCAUAUCUGGUGCUUGUGUAUGCAUUCCAUCCUGGGAGACUCGGAUGAAUUCCAUCACGAAAUAUAUUCAGCAGGAACAAGUUACUUGGGCUUUGUUGACCCCUUCAUUUGCUCGCACAUUACACCCGGACGAUGUGCCUAGUCUCAAGCUUCUUAUACUAGGAGGUGAAGCUGUAGGGCGGGAUGUCUUUGAUCUAUGGUUUGGGAAACUCCGAUUGCUGAACGCCUGGGGGCCUACAGAGACUUGUGUGUAUGGAGCUAUUCACGAAUGGAAGUCAAGUGAAGAAUCACAAUUGACCAUUGGGCGACCGUUGGGUGGCUUUUGCUGGAUUGUCGAUCCAAAUGACUCGAGGAGGCUAGCACCUAUAGGGACAGUCGGCGAAGUUGUUAUUCAAGGUCCCAAUUUGUUCCGUGAAUAUCUAGCAGAUACGAAGAAAACCGCUGCAGCAACUGUACAAGUUCCGGAGUGGGCACCGUACCGCAACUCGAAACACUGGAGUCGUUUCUACAAGACGGGGGAUUUAGCCAUGUAUAAUCCGGAUGGAACGAUCCAUUAUCAUGGUCGCAAAGACAUGCAAGUUAAAAUUCGUGGUCUUCGUGUGGAAUUGGGUGAAAUCGAACAUCAUAUUCAUGCUGGAUUGGAAGGGGUUUGCCAAGUUGCUGUUGAUGUCCUGAAAACAGAUGUCUCUUCCAAUCUGGUUGCAUUUCUCUGUUUUAACGACGAUACGAUUCCCGCAGGCACACCCCUUCCAACCGAUCUUAUAUCUCCAUUCACAAACGACUUGAAGAGGCCGUUUCACAAUCUUCGUGAGCACCUCAACUCUGCUCUGCCGACGUAUAUGAUACCAGCGCUGUUUAUCCCUUGCAAGGCUAUACCAUUGGCUACCUCUGCAAAAAUGGAUCGAAAGAUGCUACUUGGAUUGAUCGAGCAGCUUGAUAGGCAAGAAUUGAAUCAGUAUGCACUGGAUGACAGGGAAGGAAAUAAAGACGUGCCAGAGUCUGAUAUGGAACGCCGUAUUCAAAAAUUGUGGAGUGAGAUUCUCAAUAUUCCACAAGAAUCCAUUUUUCGGGAUACCAACUUCUUGGGGAUUGGUGGUGACUCUGUUGCGGCUAUUCGACUUGUUUCCUUCGCUCACAACCAAGGCAUUCUGUUGACUGUCAGCGAUGUGUUUGAAGAUCCUAGAUUAUUCGCGGUAGCGGCCAGAGCGUGUUUGCUGAGAGAAGAUACUAAAGAUGCUUCUAUCCAGCCGUUUAGUUUAUUAGAGAAACAGCACCAAAACAUCGCAUCUAGCGACUCAGCGAAGAUUCUACUUGGGUUAUCUGGCGAAACCCAGAUUGAAGACGCAUAUCCAUGUUCUAAACUUCAAGAAGGCUUAAUGGCUCUGGCCGUGAAACAGCCGGGCUCGUAUAUCGCAAAAUUCAUCUAUCGUCUUUCUGACGACACAGAUGUUCCAAGGUUCAAAGAUGCGUGGCAGCGUACCGUUAAGGUUGCCCCAAAUCUAAGAACUCGAAUCGUUCAGUCGGGUGGCCAAUCUCUCCAACUCAUUGUUAGAGAAGACGUCUCUUGGGAUGAUAUUUGUGAUAGGUCACUGGAAGCGUAUCUGCAUGAGCUCCAACAGGUUCAAAUGAACUAUGGCUCUCGCCUUCGCCGCGAUUCCAUUCUCAGAGACGAUGCGCAUAAAAAGACAUAUUUCAUCCUAACACUUCAUCACGCUGUUUUCGAUGGUUGGUCUAUAAGAAAUAUCUUCAACAUACUACAAAAGCUGUAUUACGGUAUCGAUGAUGUUGGCGUCCAGCCAUACUCGAGAUUCAUUCAGUAUACCUUGGAGUUGAAUAACGAAGCCACCGUCAAGUAUUGGACAUCACAGCUACAGGGAGCUAAGCCAGUUUCAUUUCCGUCCAAGAAAACUAUUUUGGACUCGGCCGUCGCGAGUCCUGAUAAUGCUGGUAUUGUGAACAAGAUGAUUGGAGUCCCUACAAUAGCUACCCCAAGCAUAACAAUGGCCACAAUACUGCGAGCUGCUUGGUCCAUUGUUUUAGCCCGAUACUGUGAAACAGAAGACAUUUGCUUUGGAGCCACUGUUUCUGGCAGACAAGCCCCGGUACCCGGCCUUGUCGAUAUGCUAGGACCUAUCAUCGCGACUAUACCCGUGAGGCUCCGCACUGACUCCAACAGAUCUGUCUCGGAAUUUCUGCAUUAUGUGCAGGGGCAUGCUACUGAGAUGAUUCAGUAUGAACAAUUCGGUGUCCAAAGCAUCUCCAAGCUUAGCAAUGAUGCUAAAGAUGCCUGUGAUUUCUCGAGUUUGUUCGUUGUCCAGCCCAUGCAAUCUCUCCUUGGAGAUGGCGAUGAGAGUAUAAUGGUCGCUACAGAAGAAGGGAAAAAUGCGAACGCUUUCCACAAUUAUUUCAAUUAUCCUCUAAUCGUUCAAGGACACAUAUACGAAAGUCAAAUCCAACUUGUGCUCAUUUAUAAUAAAAAUGUCCUCUUAGAGCCGCAGCUAGUUGCUCUUUCGCACCAACUCGAACAUGCUGUUCAGCAGCUUGCUAUUCAGACAGACAUGGUUCUUGGAGAUAUACCAAAAUCAUCGAUUUGGGACAUCCAGCAGGCAAUCAGCCUCAAUUCCGAACUGCCCGAUAUUGUUGAUUCCUGUAUACAUACGCUUAUUGAGAAGCAUGCUACCAUUCGCCCAGAUUCCGUUGCGAUUGAUGCAUGGGAUGGCAGCUUCACUUAUGCGAGUUUGAAUCGCGCUUCAAAUCGCCUGGCGCACCAUUUGAUCAACAAUUAUGGAAUCCAGAUCGGGGAGCUUGUACACGUCUGUUUUGAGAAAACUGCUUGGUAUAUUAUUUCUAUACUAGCCAUUAAUAAAGCUGGAGCCACUUGGGUACCUCUGGAUCCGUCUCAUCCGCUGCAACGCCUUGCACAGGUCGUUUCACAGACAAAAGCAACUACUCUCCUGACGUCACCUACCAAUGCAUCCGUUUGCAAAAACCUAUUCUCCAAUGUAAUUGAAGUCACAGAAUCACUCGACAGAAAGCUGGCAAAAUCUUCAAAAACACUUGACAGCGAAUGCCCUAAAACCGACGUAUCCCCUGGUGAUGGGGCCUAUAUGCUGUUUACAUCUGGCAGUACAGGCACCCCCAAAGGUUUCUUGAUAGAACAUGUUUCUGUAUGCAUUAGCCAAACUGCCAUUGCGAAAAGGCUCGGCCUUACUCCAGAAGGCAGAAUGUUGCAGUUUGCCUCAUAUGUGUUUGACAUGUCCGUUGGUGAGAUCAUUCUAGCAUUGGUGGCUGGUGCUUGUGUUUGCAUACCGUCAGACCACAUUAGGAUGAAUGGGCUGUCCGGUUUUAUACGUGAUAUGAAUGUCACAUGGAUCUGGUCUACCCCUUCAUUCAUCCGAACCAUCAAGCCGCACGACAUACCCAACGUAAAGCUCAUGAUUUUAGCCGGAGAGGCUAUUCCACGAGAUGUACUCGCCACUUGGUUUGGUAAACUUCGCCUAGUCAAUGGCUGGGGACCCGCUGAAACCUGUGUUUGCAGCACUCUCCAUGAAUUUACUUCCAUUCAUGAAUCGGCUUUGACUGUGGGCAAACCUGUUGGUGGUUUUUGUUGGAUUGUAGACCCCGAUGAUUCCUCGAAGCUCUCCCCGAUAGGCACUAUUGGUGAGAUUGUUAUCCAAGGUCCGACUUUACUACGAGAGUACCUUGGAGAUCAUGACCGAACAAAGAGAACGAUUAUGACCUCUCUUCCCGACUGGGCUCCGUAUCGGGACUCGCAGCAUUGGAAUCGAUCUUACAAGUCUGGUGAUUUAGGUUUCUACAACCCAGAUGGCACCAUUGAAUUUUCAGCUCGAAAAGACACACAAGUCAAGAUUCGAGGCCUUCGAGUGGAGCUAAGUGAGGUCGAGCACCAUUUUCAGCUUGCUUUUCCAGAAACGAAGCAAGUGGCAGUCGACGUAUUUAAAUCUGACGGUGGAGCGAACUUGGUCGCCUAUUUUUGUCUGAGUGGUGAGAUAAGAACAGCCGAAGAUGAUAAUGGCACAGACGAUGUUCCAUUUCUCUCUAUCGACGACAAACUGCAGUCUCGCUUGACAGCAAUCGUGGGUGAGCUAACUGUCGCAUUACCUCGUUAUAUGGUCCCAGCACUUUUUAUCCCAUGCAGCUAUAUGCCGGUUAUUAUUUCCACAAAGCUUAAUCGUAAGAAGCUUCGCCAAUUGACAGCUGGAUUAUGCCAGCAGGAUCUUGCCUUAUAUUCACUAGUUGGAACCCAAAAACGCGCUCCUGAAACAUCCAUGGAGAAGUUGCUGCAAAAAAUCUGGGCGGAAAUCCUAAAUAUUUCGAUGGAUUCGAUCGGCCGCGAUGAUAGUUUCUUAGCUCUUGGCGGUGACUCGAUUGCGGCAAUUCACUUGGCUAAUACAGCACGCGAGGAUGGAAUAUUACUGACUGCGAAGAAUAUAUUCGAUGAUCCCCGUUUACUAGCAGUUGCUGCAACAGCCAGAAUCUUGGAUACGGUGGAAGAUCAAGUCUCCAAUAUGUCACCAUUCGAGCAACUUGAUAAAAACGCACGCACCUGGGUAACUGGAAAGACUCUAGCAGCCGAACUUCAAUUAUCAGGUAGCCAGUUAGUUGAGGAUGCUUACCCUUGUACUAAAUUGCAAGAGGGCUUAAUGGUUCUAAGUUUGAAACAGCCAGGAUCAUAUAUCGCAAAAUAUGUGUAUAGGCUGUCUAAAGAUGUGAAUCUCGAUCGAUUUAAGUCAGCCUGGGAUGAGACUAUUGAAUCUUGCGGUAUCUUGCGAUCGCGUCUGGUUCUUCACGAUGGAAUGUGUAUUCAGGUCGUGAUUAAAGAUGACGACCUAUGGGAAACUUCCAGCGGCAGCUUGGAAGAUGCGGUAGAGAAAAUUAAAUCUCUUCGAAUGUCUUAUGCGUCGCAACUAUCCAAUUUUACUAUCACAAAUGAUAAAAGUGGCAACAAUUACUUCUUGUGGACAGUUCAUCAUGCAAUCCAUGACGGGUGGACAAUCCCACUCAUAUUGCAAACUUUCUAUCAAUCUUAUCACGGGCGCACGGAUUUUAUUCCACAGCCGUUUUCCAAGUUCAUUUAUCAUUUAUCACAGAUUGAUGAGUCCGAUGCUCGUGCUUACUGGACCAAACAGCUUGCAAACGCUAGACCGGCAGUAUUUCCAGCCUCAAGAUCUGCCAGCAGUUCUACACGGACAACUCAAACCGGCUCGUUGACUACAAAUAUCAAUUUCUCUCACUCAAAUAGCUCAUUUAUCACAAAGGCAACAAUUCUUCGCGCAGCAUGGGCGAUUGUCUUGGCGAAAUAUUGCGAUAGUGACGACGUUUGUUUUGGCUCCACGAUAUCAGGUCGCCAAGCAUCACUGGACGGUUUACUAGAGAUAGCCGGACCAACAGUUGCCACAGUACCAGUCCGAAUUCGCAUAGACCGUGGGCAACUUGUAUCAGACUUCCUGCAAGACGUUCAACGCCAAGCAACUGAUAUGAUACCAUAUGAACAAUUUGGGUUACAGAACAUCUCGGGAAUCAGUCCCGAAGCUAAGGCAGCUUGCGAAUUCUCCAGUUUAAUGUUGAUUCAGCCUAUGCAAGAAGUUGCUGAGGACGGUAAUUUGAGUAGCAUUAUGGCCGCUGCAGACAAUGGGCUCGAUGCACAAGAAAGCCUAUUGCAAAAUUACUACACGUAUCCAUUAGUGAUUCAAGGGCAUGUUUAUAACGACCAUGUGGAUCUUGUCACGAUAUUUGACACGGCGAUCUUUUCUCAGUCCCAGAUGGAGGCUCUGGCGCGUCAAUUCAAUAGCGUGGUAGAGCAAUUAGUCCGGCAGCAAGGAAAGCAGAUUGGCCAAAUAUCUGUUGCCAGUCCGUGGGAUUUGCAGUUUGCUAUACAGUCAAAUGACAGUACACCUGCUAUUAUUGAUAGCUGCAUUCACACUCUCAUUUCGCAGCAGGUUAGACGAACACCAAAUGCCCUUGCUAUUCAUGCUUGGGAUGGUGAGAUGACAUACAGCCAGCUGGAUCAAAUAACUGAUAGACUGGCCUCACAUCUAGUGAAUGCAUUCCAUGUUCGUAUGGGAGAUAUCAUUCAUGUAUGCUUUGAGAAAUCCAUAUGGUACGUGGUGGCUAUCCUUGCCAUCAACAAAGCUGGCGCGGCAUGGGCACCAAUUGAUCCAGCUCAUCCCAUACAACGACUACAGCAAGUUGUACAGCAGACUAACGCUAACUUGACGAUGUCAUCUGUUGCUCAUGCUCAGUUAUGUACGGAAUUAACUAGAGAUGUGGUGGUGCUGGGCCCUGAGCUGUAUAAAAAACUACAAGACAAGCCUGAUGAUGGCAUGCCAAUCGUUGACGUGACUCCUGAUGAUGCAGCCUAUAUCUUAUUUACCUCGGGAAGCACUGGGACGCCUAAGGGAAUCGUUAUGGAGCAUAGAGCUCUUUGCACAAGCCAAACAGAUAUCAGUAAGCGACUGAACCUCACCAGUGACGUGAGGAUGCUUCAGUUCUCGUCAUUCGUUUUUGACGUUUCUGUUGGCGAGAUUAUGUCACCUCUUAUGCAUGGCGCUUGUGUUUGCAUUCCCUCUGAUGCUAUGAGGUUGAAUGGUAAACUCGAUGAAUUCGUUCGUUCAGCCAAUGUAACAUGGGCAUUCUUAACUCCAUCAUUUACAAGAACAUUAAAACCGGAGAACUUUACCAGUUUGAAGCUUCUGCUUCUCGUUGGCGAAGCCUUCCCACAAGAAGUACUUGACGCUUGGUGUGGGAGACUUCGACUCAUUAAUGCUUGGGGCCCUGCGGAAACCUGUGUCUUCAGCUCUAUACAUGAGUGGAAGGAUUCAUCUGAAGAGAUUACGACUAUUGGUCGCUCAGUUGGCUCCUAUGUCUGGGUGGUUGAUUCUAACGACCCAAGUCGCUUGGCGCCUAUCGGUUGCUAUGGAGAGAUUGUUGUACAAGGGCCAGCACUGCUUCGUGAAUACCUCUCAGAUCCCACGAGAACAUCAGAAGCAAUAAUAGCACACCUGCCUGACUGGGUGCCAAAUUACGCGACUAAGAGCUGGAACCGAUUUUACAAGACUGGCGAUUUAGGUUACUACAGCCUUGAUGGCAAACUUCAUUAUGUCGGCCGUAAGGAUACGCAGGUCAAAAUCCGAGGCUUGCGUGUUGAGCUGGGCGAGAUUGAGCAUCAGAUACGUAGCGCUCUUAGCAACGCCCAUCAGGUUUCAGUUGAUGUCUUUAAAAAUGAAACUGCUGCUCAUCUUGUUGCUUACAUAUGUUUUACAGACAGCACCAAGACACCACAACAGAUGCUUGAGCAAGACGACGAAGAUCUGCUCAUAACUAUGACCGAUGACUUGCAUGGCAUGCUGAAUGGGCUGGCUGAUGCAUUAAAUCUAGCCCUCCCUCGGUACAUGAUCCCAACGCUGUUCAUUCCUCUCAACUAUCUUCCUCUUAUAUCUUCAGCCAAGCUGGACAGAGUCAAACUCCGCCAGAUAAUUGGCAAUUUUUCUCAUGAGCAGUGGAACCAAUUUGCGCUGUUAGAUGGCACUCAAAAGCACAGUCCCGAGACCUCUAUGGAAGUCCGUCUGCAAACAAUUUGGGCAAAUAUCUUGAGCAUUCCCGCUGAGACAAUCGGCCGUGAUGAUAGCUUCUUACGUAUUGGUGGCGAUUCAAUCGGUGCCAUUCAGCUUGUUUCACUAGCUCGUGAUGCUGGUAUCCACCUCGAAAUAAGUCACAUCUUCGAAGACUCACGCCUCUGCUAUCUCGCAUCUAGAGCGAUAAAUAUUGAUCUCGCCAUAACUGAGUUGAGUGAUAAGAUUCAGCCGUUUAGUCUUCUUAGCCAUUCGACCAAGACGAAAGUACUCGAUAUUGGUCGCCGCAAGGAGUUUGGCCUCUCAGAGAAGGAAGUCAUUCAAGAUGCAUACCCUUGUACAAAACUUCAAGAAGGCCUCAUGGCUAUUGCAGCCUUGCAACAGGGUUCAUACUUUGCAAAGCAUCUAUUUAAACUCCCACCUCAUGUCAACAUUCCAUUAUUUAAGCUAGCAUGGGAACAAACUAUUACUGCUUGCAGUAAUCUACGAACGAAAAUAGUUCUUGUAGACAAUAUUCCGGUCCAGAUUCAGCUACAAGAGAAUCCUACGUGGGAAACUUCUUACGAUAACCUUGAAUCGUACAAACUUUCUUGCAAGAAUGCCAAUAUUAGCUACAAUUCGGCCCUCUGCAGCUACGGCCUCUUCCAAGAUGAUGGCCAAAACUUUUUUGCCCUCAAUAUCCACCACACUAUUUUCGAUGGUUGGAGUUUGUCGCUAGCUUUGCAGACCUUGUCGGCGGCCUACCAAGGAGCAGAUUUGCCGAAACUUGAGCCUUAUUCGAAAUUUGUCAAGUAUGUGAGAGACAUAGACGAACAAUCCGCUGCGGAAUAUUGGCAAAAGCAGCUGCAUGAAGCAAAGCCAGCAACAUUCACGCAACAGUUAAUCACAACCAGUAAUGAACAAGUUACUGCAAUACUAGAGCAGAAAAUUCACAUCCCACCCUCGACGAACACUUCUGUUACAAAAGCCACUGUCCUACGGGCUGCCUGGUCUAUUGUACUCUCUCGUUACUGUGAUUCGGAUGAUGUUUGCUUUGGUUCUGUUGUCUCAGGUCGUAAUGCUUCGGUCUCAGGACUUGCCUCGAUAACUGGACUCGUCACAGCCACAGUUCCAAUUAGGGUAAAGCUUAACCGCAGUUGCCCUAUAAAACAAUUCCUACAAGACAUACAAUCUCAAGCGCUAGAGAUGGUGCUGUAUGAGCAAUUUGGGCUUCAAAAUAUCGCAAAAAUCAACCAACAAACGAAAGAAGCAUGCAAUUUUUCCAGUCUGAUGGUAGUGCAACCAGCAAAGCAGAUGGGAUUUACAGAUAUCGGUAGCAGCUCUAGUCUAUUACACCCAGCUUCCGAAGGUGACAAUAUCGAGCAAAUGAUGCAAAACUUCUUUAAUUAUCCACUCAUAGUCCAAUGCAACUUGCUCGACGAUGAGAUUGACUUAAUGCUUAUGUAUGACACAGGCAUGUUUGCUCGUGAUCAACUUAUAGCACUUUCUCAUCAGUUCGACCAUGUUGUGAAGCAGCUUCUUUCGCCAGACGAACAAGUUUUAGAGGACAUAUCAUUGACUAGUGUUUGGGAUCGUGAGCAAGCCACCAAAUAUAACAAACAGAAUAUUGAGCUCGUCGAUUCGUACAUUUAUAACUUGAUCUCUGCGCAGGCGCUACGCAACCCUUUGCAUGAAGCCAUAUUUUCCUCAGAGGCAUCAAUGACAUAUGGUGAACUCGAUCACCUCUCGGCACUUCUAGCCAAUCAUCUUCGACUUCUCAAAGUCACACCCGGAACGCUGAUUCCGUUCUGCUUCGAAAAGUCAAUAUGGGCCAUUAUUGCGAUGCUUGGAAUUUUGAAGUCCGGUGCGGCGUUUGUUCCACUUGAUCCAUCACAUCCGCGUGCUCGUCUAGAGGCUGUAGUCAAAGAGACGAAUGCGACUGUGAUAAUAACCUCUCCAAGCUCUGCAUCAUCUUGUCAAGAUCUUGCUCAACAUAUUGUAGAAAUAUCCCCUUCAUUCAUCGCUGCACUUGAAGCCACUGCCAAGCUAAAGUCAGUACAUACAGUAUUUAAACAGUCGACUAGCGACACCGCCUAUGUGAUUUUUACUUCUGGGUCUACGGGAAAGCCAAAGGGCGUCGUUAUUCAUCAUGCCGCUCUUUGUACCACUAUCACUGGGUUGGGCAAGGUGCUUGGCACCAGCCCUUCGUCAAGAAUUUUCCAGUUCGCUGGCUAUGUAUUUGAUGCCAUGAUAUACGAGAUAUUCAUGACAUUGGCUUAUGGCGGAACGGUUUGUGUGCCUUCAGACACCGAACGUCUUCAAGAUGCACCAGCCUUCAUUUCCAAGUCGCGAUCCACCGAAGCCCUUCUAACGCCGUCUUUCGCCAGAACAAUUGUUCCAUCCCAAGUUCCCACGCUUAGAACGCUCAUUGUCGGCGGUGAGCCUGUGUCUAAAGAUUUGCUUGAAAUAUGGCACGGUAAAGUUCGUCUUAUUAACGCUUAUGGUCCAACUGAGAGCUGCGUCAUAGCAACAACGCACGAUGUUCGAUCAAGCAACGACUCGCACAGAAUUAUCGGGCAGGGUUUCAACUCUGCUUGUUGGAUUGUCGACCCAGAUGAUCGCCGCGGCUUGGCUCCUAUUGGAUGCGUUGGCGAGCUUGUGAUUCAAGGCCAUACGUUAUCUUGUGGCUAUUUAAACGACUUCGAGAAAACUCGCAAAGUUUUCAGCGACCAACUUAAUUGUCUAGGUCUCUCACAAAACAUCGGACCGUAUAAGUUCUAUUUUACCGGAGAUUUAGUCAGAUAUACGCCGGAUGGGCUUAUUGAAUACGUCGGGAGGAAAGAUUUACAGGUGAAGCUUCGCGGUCAGCGCCUUGAACUCGGUGAGAUUGAGUAUCACUUUAAAUGCUCCCUCGCUACCGUUGAACACGUCGUCGUAGAUGUUCUUCAUCACAAAUCAGGCAUGUCUCUCGUUGCUUUUGUUAGCUUCAAUGGCGGAACGCCCGAAGGCAGCCUCCUUCUCACUAUUGAUGAUUCCAUCCGUCCAUCAUUGGAGACUAUACGAGCCUACGUCAAGACUCGCGUUCCACCUUACAUGAUGCCUAGCUUAAUCUUGCCUAUUCGAUACAUGCCUUUCGUAACUUCCAUGAAGAUGAACCGCAGGAAACUACUUGAUUUGGCCGCUGGCUUGUCAACAGAGCAGAUGGCUAGCUAUUCUCUCACAAAACAAGAACGAGCUGAGCCAACAACGGAAGUGGAGAAAAAGAUAAUGGAUCUAUCAGCACAAAUUCUAAAAAUCGACCCUCGCGAGAUUAGUCGGCAUGAUAAAUUUCUGGAGAUUGGCGGGGACUCUAUUACUGCAAUUCAGCUGGUGAAUCUUGCUGGAGGAGCUGGCAUAAGCUUGACUGUGGCUGACAUCUUUAAGGAUUCUCAGAUAUCAGUUUUAUCUUCUUGGGCAAGCAGCCGGCAGCUAAACGUAACCACCCAUCUUGAACCGUUUGCCCUCUUGCCACCUGCCAAACACGACAAUUUACUGUCAGAGGUCUCUAGGCUCUGUGGCCUAAUCAAUAAGGACUUCGUAGAGGACGCAUAUCCAUGCACGCAACUUCAACAAGGCCUCAUGGCGUUAUCCGUCACGCAGCCAGGCUCGUACAUCGCGAAAAAUCUUUACAAACUCCCAAAGCAUGUUGAUAUAAAUCGAUUCAAAUCUGCAUGGGAGAGAACAAUAGAAAUCUGCAGCAAUUUACGAACGAGAAUUGUGCUCGUUGAUGGAAUGGCUAUCCAGGUCAUUCUACGAAAUUGUUAUGAAUGGGAUUUUUCUGAUGGUGUUGAUUUAUCCACCUAUUCCCAGAAGAUGUCCGCAACAAGUGUCAGCUAUGGCUCUAAUCUAGUUCGAUAUGCAUUACUACGAGGCGAUGAAGAUAAUUAUUUUAGUCUCACUAUGCAUCACAGCAUAUUCGAUGGCUGGUCAAUGGGUUGUAUCAUGGGUACAUUGGAUUCGAUCUAUCGAGAAAAUGAGCCACAAUCUUUGGCUCAGUACGCCCGCUUUGUCAAAUAUACUAUGGGACUUGAUCGUGAUGCCGCUCGAAAAUAUUGGCUGGAGCAGCUCCAUGACGCCAAAUGCGCUUCAUUCCCUUCGAACGCCACCACAACCUCCUCUGAUGAUCCUCUUACCAGCUACGUCAGCAAGAAAGUGGACUUUACCAACUAUCAUAAGACGUCUAUUACUAAAGCGUCGAUUAUAAGAGCAGCAUGGGCCAUCGUCCUUGCCCGCUAUUGUGAUACAACCGACAUAUGCUUUGGUGCCACUGUUUCAGGCCGGAACGCACCUGUUGUUGGCGCAGACUCAAUGCCUGGAGUUAUGCUAGCGACAGUACCAGUUCGUGUUCAACUUGACAAAGACCAGACAGUGUUCAAUUAUCUUAGCAACAUUCAGGAACAAAGCGCCGAGAUGGUUGCACAUGAGCAAUUUGGUCUGCCAAAUAUCUCCUCGCUAAGCGCGAAUGCUAAAGAUGCUUGCAACUUUUCCUCUUUACUUGUCAUCCAGCCCGCUGGAUUUUUCAUGAGAGAGAGUCAAGAUUCAGGUGCCAUUUUGAUAGAUGAUAGUUCUGAGCAAGACAUGGAAGAUAGGAUUCAAAACUUUAUCAACUAUCCUCUUGUGGUACAAGGUCUAGUAUACGACAAGGAAGUCGAAAUUGUUCUCAUGUACAAUACAAACUGCAUGACAAAAUCUCAAGCUGUGGCUGUUUCCGAGCAGUUGAACCACGUAAUUCAACAGCUGCUUUCCAAUACUGAGCAGGUGUUAGGAAGCAUAUCUGUCACAGGCCACUGGGAUCUUCAACAGGCAAUUCGCUGGAAUGCGGCCAGUCUUGAACCUGCUGACGUCUGCCUCCAUGGCCUUGUCUCAAAACAAGCUCAACGGCGACCAGAAUGCAAAGCAAUUUAUUUCACCGGAGGAAGCAUUAGUUUUGCCGAGCUCGAUCUUCUCUCUUCGCAACUCGCCAUUUUCUUAAAUAAAGAGGGCGUCAGGCCAGAGUCGUUUGUGCCAAUCUGUUUCGAGAAGUCACCGUGGGCUAUUGUGGCUAUGCUUGGUAUUCUCAAGGCUGGUGGUGCUUUUAUCCCAUUAGACCCAAGCCACCCUGUUGCUCGUCGACAGGCACUGAUUGAUGAGGUCGGAGCUCAAAUCAUGAUCGUGUCUUCCUCUGUUGCUACCGAGUGUGCGCAUUUAACCAAGACUAUGAUUGAGCUCUCACCAACUCUAAUUUCAUACCUAUCUGGUAUCAAAAAGACCAAAAUCGCAAACACAGCUACUCCAACAAGCGCAGCCUAUAUGCUUUUCACAUCAGGCUCCACCAGCAAACCCAAAGGCGUUAUUGUCGAGCAUCAGGGUAUUUGCACGUCUCUGUUGGGUGAACACAAGGCAUUCAACACUAAUGAGAACUCGCGCUGGUUCCAGUUCGCCAAUUACGUGUUUGACGCUUGCAUUACAGAAAUAUUUGCUGCAUUGACAGCAGGGGGCACCGUAUGCGUACCCACUGAGACAGAGCGGAUGCAUCAAACUGCAAAAUUCAUAAUGGAUGCGCAAGUGAAUAUCGCUUUAUUGACACCGACAGUCAUCAAGACUCUUGCACCUGAAUCAGUGCCUUCACUCAAGACGCUCAUUCUUGGUGGUGAAGCUGCAUCAAAGGAUAUCAUUGAGACGUGGUAUGGACAGCUGGACCUGCGCAACGCCUAUGGCCCGGCAGAGGCUUGCAUUGCUUCUUCCGCUCAUAUUUACACGUCUCCCACGGAUUCUGCUACAACCAUUGGGCGUGGAUUCGCUCACCAUUGCUGGAUUGUAGAUCCUGAUGAUUAUCAGCAACUUGCACCCAUUGGCUGCAUAGGAGAACUUUUAGUGCAAGGUCCUGCUUUGGCACGGGGAUACUUUAAAGAUGAAAGCAAAACGAGGAGUUCAUUCGUCGAAGAUGUCAGCUGGCUACCGAUAGAAAACACAAGGUUCCGACGAUUCUACAAAACAGGAGAUUUAGUUCGGUACGGCGAGGAUGGUAUUAUGGAAUAUCUUGGAAGAAAGGACACACAGAUCAAGAUUCGGGGACAGAGAAUAGAGGUGGGAGAGAUUGAAUAUCAGAUGAAGAGACUGGAAGCUACAUUCGAGCAUGUUGCUGUGGACAUCAUUCAGGAAAAGUCUCUCGCGGCAUUUGUUAGCUUCAGAACCGAAGGAAAUACGGACGGUGUGACAGGAAAUGUCAAAUUCCGAGCCAGAGACGAUACUAUGGGAGAAUUAUUCUCUCGGACAUUUGCCAACCUGAGCCGCGUUUUGCCUCAGCACAUGAUGCCAUCAUACGUUAUACCAGUCGCGAAUAUGCCUCACAACAGUGCCGGCAAACUUGAUCGAAAGUUGCUUCUGCAAACAGCCGCUCAGCUGUCUAUUGAUGAUCUGGCUCAAUAUUUGUCCGGUCAGCGGACGAUCUUCCGCGACUGUUCCAACGAAACUGAGCGUUGGAUUCGGUCCCAAUGGGCACAUGUGUUGAACCUGCCAGCAGAAUCUAUCAGCGUGGACGAUAAUUUCUACCAGUUGGGUGGUGAUUCCAUUCGCAUUGUCACUCUUGCUAAAGCCAUUCUAAAUGAGUAUGAAGUAUCUUUGGGCCUUUCUAUACUGAAUAGCAAACACACAACAGUCAGCAAUAUGGCCAAGUUCAUUCAAAAUGCAUACGCAGAUACGGCUGGUGCACUUGUUCGGUGCAAUUCACCACAGCAUGGGUUAGAGCGAAUCAGAACAACAGCCCAGGCAGCUCGAUGGUGGCGUAAGCACGACGCGAAGAAGAUUGAGGUUUGGGUCGGCGACCUAGGCAAACCCCAGCUAGGACUUAACGCCUCUCAAUGGGAGCAACUUUCGGGGACCUCUACCCACCGUAGCAAUGUCAACGCCAUUGUUCACAACGGCGCCGUGGUCAACUGGAAUGCGGAUUACGAUAAGCUUGUGGCGCCAAACGUCAACUCGACUAUUGAUCUGCUAAAUGCCGCAGCCUCCUCCCCAGUCAAUCCUCGAUUUGUCUUCGUUUCGGGAGGGCUGAGGACAGACCCGGACGAACAUACGGCAACAGUGGCUACACAGCUUGAUGGGCUGAACGGCUAUGUUCAAACUAAGUUUGUGUGCGAAAGCGUCAUCCAAGAUGUUGUAAAAAGCCUGCCGAGAGAGCAAAACAGACUAUCCAUAGUCAAACCCGGUCGCAUCAUUGGUUCAGCGAAUAAUGGAGUCGCCAACGUCGACGACUUGAUUUGGCGCGUCGUUUCAGGAGCUGCCGCGAUGCAUGCCUACCCGGUAGAGCCCUUGGAAAAUUGGAUGUACAUUGCGGAUGUUGACAGUGUUGCUUCUGCGGUUCUGCGCCAAGUCUUCCAUGAGAAUGCCAUAGACUCGUUUGUUCAUGUGACUGGUGGUAUGCCAACUCCUGUGUUCUGGGAAAAGGUCAACGAAGAGCUGGAUAUGAAGUGCAAGCCCGUAUCAUGGGCUGAAUGGAAACAGUCAGCACACGUCGCCAUGGCUGAAGCUGGAGAUAAGCACCCUCUUUGGCCCGUACAGCAUUUCCUCGGAGCUCUUGGUGCUCCAAGAUCAGCCAAGGAACUGGCUACUGAAUCCUCGGAGCAUGAGCAAUGGCACAAAGCCGUGAAGAAGAAUGUGCAGCAUUUGAUGGAGAUUGGAUUUAUUGCGUCGUCUGUGGGCGAGCUGGGAAAUGUGAAGGACGGUGCUAUUAAGCGACUGCAUUAA